CAACAGGUAUACAGGAGAAGACUGGCGAUUUCCCAAGAAUGGAGCUAUUGACAAUGACCUUGAAUCUUUUGGAAUCCAUACUCUACACUAGGAAUGAGUCCUUGGAUCAAGCAACCCGGACAUCAGAGCAAGUGACCCAGCCUCUUUUAGAUUCAAAAACUGUAGCCAGUCACGUCUACAUUUCCCAGCUCAUUUGUGUACUGGGAGUAUCUGGGAAUGGACUUGUGAUAUCUUUUCUCAUUUUCUACAUCAAGAGGGAGCCUUUCACUGUCUACAUUCUGCACCUCGCCAUUGCUGACUUCAUGGUCCUCCUCUGCAUGUCUGUCUUGCAGCUGGUGAGCAUAAUUUCAAACCACCCCAAAAACGAUAUCCAGUUAAACUACAUCAUCUGUCUGGUGAUUUUCAGCUACAACACGCAUCUCCACCUCCUCACGACCAUCAGCGUGGAACGGUGCCUUUCAGUGCUUUACCACAUCCGGUACCAGUGCCAAUGACCAAGCCACCAAUCUGCCAUUACAUACACCCUACUGUGGGCACUUUCUUUCCUUGAGUCUGGGUUAGAGAACUUCUUCUACCUCCUGCAAAAGCAGCCUAAAUUCCCAGAAUGUCGAUACAUGUACAUAUUUUCAUGUACCUUGAUCUUCCUUGCCUUUGUUCCUCUUAUGGUCCUCUCCAGUCUGAUCCUCUUCAUCAAAGUUGGCUGUAACCGGAAGCCACAUCAACCAACCAGGAUCUAUGUCAUCAUCACAGCCACUGUGGUGUUGUUUUUUGUCUUUGCCAUGCCCAUGAAGGCCCUGCUCAUCCUGGCUUACUAUGGCCAUGAUGAAUCUAUACGGCAUUUCUUUCCUCAUUUGAAUAUGUUGUCCACUAUCAAUCGCAGUGUCAACCCAAUUGCCUAUUUUGUGGUAGGUAGUAUUAGGAGAAAGAAAAGCAGAAAGUCCCUAAAAGAAGCACCACAAAGGGCCGUUGAGGAAAAAACCCAUGCCAGGCUUGGGAAAAAGGCACGCAGGCCGAUGACCGAUGACGGCGAGUUCAGCCUGGAACCGGGGAAGGAUGAGGGAACCUGUGCCCGUGAGGGAGGCCGUGCCCCUGAGGGAGGCCGUGCCCAUGAGGGAGGCCGUGCCCCUGAGGGUGGCCGUGCCCCUGAGGGAGCCCGUGCCUCUGAGGGAGCCCGUGCCCCUGAGGGAGCCCGUGCCUCUGAGGGAGCCCGUGCCCCUGAGGGAACCUGUGCCCGUGAGCUCCCGAGCGCUGACGUUAAGCCAAGGCUAGCCCAGGCCACGGCCAUGGCCACACCCAUGUCCCUUCUCGCCCCGCCCACAGCCGCUGGCUUCAGCCGGGGGGGACCCCACCCCCCUUGCCCAGGCCGCCAAUCACGCCCACACCCGCCGACCCCGCCCAACCCUGGGCGUCGCCCACACGCCCUGGCCCCGCCCACGCCCCCGACAGCAGAGGCAGGACCAGGGCAAGGCGGCCUCGCCGCGGUGGACGCGGGCUCCAAACGCACACGGGGAGUCUGGACGAACCUGGGCACCAGCCUGAGCUUCAGAGGUGACCAGGGUGGAAGUGACAGGCCACAGGCGAAAACCACGAGGAAGAUGUCAGCGAACUGA